UCAGAAAUUCUCAAAUCGAAAAAAUUGAUAAUACUCGGGAUGUAAAUUCUUUAUAUGUCCAGCCUACGCAAUCCAAUUUAAAUAAUCAAAACUCUCGCCAAAUUAUUCACCAUACGAAUCCUCGACAUGUCCAGCCUUUGCAAUCCAAUAUCAAUAAUCAAAAUCUACAACAAAUUGUUCGCCAAAACAAUUUACAAAGUGAAUGCUUACAACAAAUUGUUUCCCAAAAUCAAGUACUUAUUAUGAUGAUUCAAAACAUAUCUAAUAUUACAUCUUUUCUUACAAAUUCUCAAAAUACACGCCAACCUUCUGUUCCCCAGAACAAUAAUACUAUUCUUAUCAAUUCUCAAAAUACACGUCAGCCUUUGGUUCCUCAGAACAAUGACACUAUUUUUACCAAUUCUCAAAAUACUCAUCAGCCUUCAGUUCCCCAAAAUAAUGAUACUAUUCUUACCAAUACACCUCAACCUUCGGUUUUCCAAAACAAUGUUACUACUAUCUCUUCUCAAGAAUCAUCAAGCAAACAUCAAAUCAAUAUUUGUGGUUCUUGCAUGAAGAACAAUUUUUCUAAUCAAAUCACUGAAUCAUCGAGCAAGCAUCAAAUUAAUAUUUGUGAUUCUUGCAUGAAAACCAAUUUUUCUAAUCAAACCACAAGUGUAUCGGUUUCUCAGAUUAACAAUAAUCAGAUAAUUUCUAAUCAAGUUAAUAAUAUUCCAGAAACUUCUAGUCAAGAUAUAGCUGCGACUCAGCAUAUUUCAAAUUGCACUACCAACAUAAAUGUUAAUUCCUCCUCGUGGAAACCUGGAUAUUUUGUUAUUAUCUUUGGUCUUACCAUUUUAGUAGUAGGAAUUAUUUUUUGCAUUAUCAAACAAUUGUCAGUCGUAUCUGCAUACGAAGAAAUUGGGGCUUUGUUCUUUACUAUAAAAAUAGAUUUAGGCCAAUUUGUAAAAAUAUUGGGCCCUACUAUAAUUGGUGGCAUCGUGAAUUUGAUCAUGAAACACAGAAAUG